AUGGGCAAAAUUUCCGCCGCCGCCGUGAAAAAAUAUAUGACCAAGCCCGAUAAGGCUAAAAAGGAUAGAAAGGUCAAGGCCACUAAGGAUGGUCUUGAAGCAUUGUUCAAAAUCCAUACCUAUCCCGCAAACAAGGUGCAGGAGAAUUUAAAGAAAAUCAGAGAUACCAAGGGGAAAACCUGGGGCGGCAAUGCUCCCCCACAAGGCAAAACAUACUGGUACGAUAGGGUGUUCAAAGAAUGGGUCAAACUCGACGACGGCUUCUGCACGGGUAAACGAGCUUUCAACACCGCCGCCCCCAGCCAUGCCACCCGCGGCCAGCCGCGCGACGUUGUCACUGUCUGUAGUCUUGCGUGGCGCGAUGCCGACAUUCUCCCUAUACUCAGCAGGCUGAAGACGAGUCUUAGGCCGGGAAAGGUAUACCGUAUAUAUGAUUUGGUCAGAGGUAUUGCCGGAACGCUUUUCCAUGAGUUUACGCAUACUUCGCCUAAUUCUGGUGAUGAGUAUACCCUCGAUCUUCCGGCCAAAGACUCCCAGGGGGGAGUUCGCCAACCAACACUUGGGCAAAGCUGUUGCUGCUUAGUGCAAAUGAUGCCAUCAGAAAUGCUGAAAGUUACGCUGCUCUUGCGGUUGGGCUUUAUCUGGUAG